CUUCUUACAGCAGUUCAGUGACGCUUCACGUACAGUUGACAGAGAGGAACGACGCUCUACGUUCGACAGUAAUUUACUCCACGUGCUGCGAUGGGAGAGCUGCAGGUUUCCUGUGAUCGUUCAACAUUUUCUAUUUUUAUCUUCUGCCUGUUUUUUAUCUGGACACCAGUUAAAGGUAACUAUCAGCUGAUUGCUUCAUCUGAACCAAUCCUAGCGGCUCCUGGAGAUGAUGUCAUCCUUCCAUGUCGGGUGGAUCCUUAUUGGAACGCUGUGGAGAAGACUGUGGAGUGGUCCAGACCGGACCUGAAGGCCUCAGGCCCACAGAAGCGUGUGGAGUACGUGUACGUGCACCGGUUCAGGAAGAUGGACAGAGACAUGAUGAUGGAGACGUACAUCCAGAGGACGUCUCUGUCAGAAGGACUGAGACAUGGAGACGUGUCUCUGAGGAUCCACAACGUGAGCUUGGAGGAUAGCGGGAGGUUCAGGUGUUUCAUCCCAAACCUGAGCAUAGAAGCAGAGGUUCUGCUGGUUGUUGACCCAGGCUUUGUUCAAACGACUACAGCAGAGACGGUUCCUCAGAGAACCAGUCCAGCCCCAGAGGAAGAGACCAUCAGAACCGGUGGUCGAUACAGGAUGAUGCUUUUCUUUCCUAUUAUUAUUUUUUUCUUCAUCAUUUCUCUGAGUUCAGUUUUCGUCUGCAAAGUUAAAAAGAACAAGAAGAUUCAGAAGAGUCCCCUGUUUCAGGCAUCAACCCAAAAGUUAUUCUGCUUUGCUCAAGUGCAGACCUGCAUUGAUAUAGAUGGAAGCUCCAUGAAGUCUUCUCUCCUGCAGCUUCCUCAGGAUUCAGAUUCUACCCGGCAGCAGAAUCCUGCAGAUGGACACAGUCCUCAUGAUCAGUCAGAGUCAUAUCGGUGAAACCAGGUUCUACAUGUUUGCUGUCAGACUCUGCAGGAAUCCUCCAAAACUUCAGAUGUUCUGAUGUUUUUAUCAAGUGUAGAAAUAUUUUUUUAAUUUCUACACUUUAAAUGCUGUUGUAAUGCCUUACUGCGGCUGCAGGUGGUUCAGAGAAACACCUCUUUGUUUCUCUCCAAUAAUUUGCAAAGCAAGGGAGAUAUGAACAUCACCCCUAACAUGGAGAAAAAUUUGAGGAAAAAAAAGAAGGGGCUAGACUGGGAAAGGGGCCAAAAACAACGAUGAUGUGGCUGUUAAUAGAAGAAAAAGAAAAGACUUUAUAGGAAA